AUGUGGGGUGAUUCACUGGUAAAACCCUUUGAGAUCUGGAAAUGGAAGUUGCUGUGGGAGGAGGACAGGCGGCUGUGUUCUCAGCUGUCCCUGGGCAUGCAUGAAGUACAGAAGAGGAUGGCGUUUGAGCAUGUCAGCAUGCUGGUCAUCCUCCUGAACUGUGUCACCCUGGGCAUGUUCCAGCCCUGCGAGGACGUGGAGUGCCAGUCGGAGCGGUGCACCAUCCUGGAGGCAUUUGACGACUUCAUUUUCGCUUUCUUUGCGGUGGAGAUGGUCAUCAAGAUGGUGGCUCUGGGGAUCUUCGGGCAGAAGUGUUACCUUGGAGAUACGUGGAAUCGCCUGGACUUCUUCAUCGUGAUGGCGGGCAUGAUGGAGUAUUCGCUGGACGGACACAACGUGAGCUUGUCUGCCAUCCGCACUGUCCGGGUACUUCGGCCGCUACGAGCCAUUAACAGGGUCCCAA